AUGACUCAGGCUAGUCCCCAAGUUGCUUGGGGAAGAAGGUGUCCCUGGAAGAAAUGUGGGGUCGGCCCCCUCUCAGAGGUCUCUCCUCGUGCUCUGUUCCAGGGACAGAGUCAGGCUGGAGGGGAAUCGGGGCAGCAACUGAACCAAAAGAGUGGAGCAGGUGAAUCAGUCUUGGUCUCAGUCUAUGUACAGCUGGACUUUUCAAAUCAGACCUGGCCAUUGACACUCUCCAGGACCCUGACUCCCCCCUUUGCCUCGGCCUCCUCUCCCCCAGCAACUCUCGCUGGCCUCGGCCUCACCACAGAGUGUAAUGUCCACCACGAUGGCUGCACCUACUGUGCCUGCCUCCCUGGGUACCAGUGGAACGCCAGCGUCUGCUCCCGUCGCCGUCCCUGCCGGAGUCCCCGCAGCCGCGGGCCCUGUGGCUGUCUGGUCUUCAGCCCUCCUGAAGCCGGGUACUGCCAGCUGCUGCCACCUGUCCCCGGAACACUGAGCCUGAACUCCCAGGUGCAGAUGCCUGGCAACACGCUAAACCUGACCCUCGUCACGAGCCAUGAGACCACCAACCUAAACUGGUUCCUGCGGCCUGCGGGGAGCCCCAGACCCAUCCUCCUGCAGCCGGGGACACAGGUGUCCCUGACCUCCAGCCCGGGCCAGGCUGUCCUCAGCAUCCUCAACAUCUCGCAUAAAUGGGCAGGUGAGUACACGUGCCGCUUCGAAGCUCAGGGAUUCAGGUGGGAGCUGUACCAGGUGGUGAAGGUGCCCCUGCAGGUGACAGAUGUGGCCCGGCUUCCAGACCAGCUCUCCAUCUCCUGCACCACCAGCCCCAGUUUCCAGCUGAGCUGCUGCCUCCCCAGCACACACCUGGUCUACACGGCUUCCUGGAGCCCCACAGAGGGCAGCAAAGCCUCCUUAGUCAACACGCCAGGCUCCUGGUGCCUCGUGCUGACCGUUCAGCGCUGCCCUGCCGCUGACACCACGUAUACUUGUGAGCUGCAGAGCCCAGGACUGACCCCUCUCAGGGUCCCCGUCUCUGUCACCAUCAUCCAGGACGGAGAUGCCACCUGCCCUGAGGACUCCUCGGCUGUUGCCUGGAAUGUCACCAAGGCUGGCCACGUGGCACAGGCCCCGUGUCCAGUGAACAGGACAGGUGUGGUGAAGCGGACCUGUGGGCCUGAUGGCAGUUGGGAGCCCAUCCACGGCGGCUGCACGGACGCAGGGGUCCUGGCCUUGUUUCACAGAGCCUGGCUGCUGCGGGCAGGCCAGGGCUGGCCUGCUGUGGAGGCGCCACAGAUCCUGGCUGAGCUGUCGGAGCAGGCGAAGGUGGUGAGCUCGCCCUCUGACUUACUGGCACUGCUGGGCACCAUAUCCUUCCUGGCCAAGGUGGUGGUGGAUGCCAGAAUACAGCUUAACCGCAGCGCCCUGGAGGCUCUCCUGAAAACCACAGACAAGGUCCUAGACCUGGACACCAGCUCUCUGUGGACCCCAGCCCGGGCCCAGAAGCCCUCGACAGGCUCAGAUCUCCUGCUGGCUGUGGAGACCCUGGCACGCAGUCUGUGCCCUCAGGAUCACCCCUUCUCCUUCAGCUUGCAAAACGUGCAGCUGCAGACCCAGCUGCUUGGGCCGUUUCCCGCUGACUACAGAGUCUCCUUCCCCACUCGGCCCCCACUGUGGGCCCACAUUCCCAGGUGCUCCCUGGCCCCGCUGGGCCGUAACGGCACCAACGUCAGUAUUACUAGCCUGGUGCUGCGGAAACUGGACCGCCUUCUGCCCUCAAGCUACGGGCAGGGGCUGGGGGACUCCGUCUAUGCCACUCCCGGCCUGGUCCUCGCCAUCUCCGUCAUGGCAGGUGGGCAGGCCUUCGACCAGGGAGAAGUCGUCAUGGACUUCGGGGGCACGGGUGGCACUCCGCACUGUGUCUUCUGGGACCACAGCCUCUUCCGGGGCAAGGGGGGCUGGUCGGAUGAAGGGUGCCAGGUGCAGACAGCUCGUGCCAGCCCCACCACCCGGUGCGUCUGUCGGCACCUCACCGCUUUCUCCGUCCUCACGUCCCCAGACACUGUUCCGGAAAACCUCACCCUGGAGCGGCUGAGUCAGGUGGGCUUGGGGGCCUCCAUCGUGGCACUGCUUGUGUGCCUAGGUGUGUACAGGCUGGUUUGGAGAGUGGUGGUACAGAGCAAAGUCGCCUACUUACGCCACACGGCCCUGCUCAACGUGGUGCUCUGCCUUUUGGCCGCAGACGCCUGCUUCCUGGGAGCCCCACUGCUUCCUCCGGGGCCCCGAAGCCCGCUCUGCCUGGCCGCUGCCUUCCUCUGUCAUUUCCUCUACCUGGCCACCUUUUUCUGGAUGCUGGCUCAGGCCCUGAUGCUGGCCCACCAGCUGCUCUUCGUCUUCGAUCAGCUGUCCCAGUGCCGAGUACUCUCCCUGAUGGUGGUCCUCGGCUACGUGUGCCCGAUGGGGUUUGCAGGUGCCGCCCUGGCCCUCUACCUACCCCGAGGGCAAUACCUGAGGGAGGGGGCGUGCUGGUUAAGUGGGAAGGGAGGGGCGCUCUACACCUUCGUGGGGCCAGUGCUGGCCAUAGUGGCCGUGAACGGGCUGGUACUCGCCAUGGCCGUGCGGAAGCUCCUGAGGCCUUCGCCGUCAGAGGGGCCCCGGGCGGAGAGGCGCCAAGCCCUUCUGGCGGUGAUCAAAGCCCUGCUCGUUCUCACGCCCAUCUUCGGCCUCACCUGGGGGCUGGGCCUGGCCACCCUGCUGGAGGAAGUCUCCACAGUGCCUCACUACAUCUUCACGAUUCUCAACACCACCCAGGGCGUCUUCAUCUUACUGUUUGGUUGCCUCAUGGACAAGAAGGUACGAGAGGCUUUACUCAAACGCUUCUGCCGCUCCCAGUCCCCCAACUCCACCAUCUCCCUGGUGAGUUAUUGGCUUCAAAUUCUCAGUUCUCCCACUAAGGGGUCAGACGCAGCCGUUCCACAGCCUUCCCGAGAGGAGACAGGCACAGCUAGAGGCUGA